AUGUUUAACGAGAACUUUUCCUUCGGAUCGUCCCCGCACCCAGGCUCGCUCGCCUUCAACAUUGAAGAGUGUACAUCGGCAGAGAUCUCACCUUUUACCUCGCGAUGUUCAUCACCGCAUUCCUCACAAGGGCCUGCCCCUCGCCGAGACUCUCGCUUUGACGCCUAUAGAUCAGCGCCUCGCCAUCCCUCUAUCACCUCGUUAACAGCCCAGCUGCAGUCCCACGCGCUGACCGAUACCGAGAUGCAUUCUCCCUCACCACCCCCCAGUGAUAUCGCUUCGCCCUCGGACUUUACGACGCUGGAUGAUGAAGGAUACUGUGAAGGGCCAGAUACACCCGCUACGACGGUGUCGGAAUUGUCCUACAUCCUCACCUCGGCCCUCGUUGUCUCUCGAAGCACAGGCAUUAUCAUCAUAUACGAUGCGUCGACGGCAGCGGCAGGCACUGGUGCGACUACAAUGCCUGGCGACCCGGGCACCGGACCUGGCCAUGCUUAUCGAAGAAUGCCACCCGUCUUCGUUGCCGCUGGAGACGGCGGUCCUCAAGGCGUACAGUUCCUCGAAAGGACGGAGUGA